AUGGAGAGAUGUCUGGAGGACCACGAGCUGGUGGUUCAGGUUCAAGCCUCCAUGAGCAGUGACAGUAAAUUCCUCUUCAGGAAGAACUAUGCCAAAUAUGAAUUCUUCAGGAACCCCCUGAACUUUUUUCCAGAGCAGAUGGUGGCUUGGUGUCAGGAGUCCGAUGGCUCGAUCCCUCAGUCACAGCUCUUACAGAACUUUCUGAACUCGAGCAGCUGUCCAGAGAUCCAGGGCUAUCUGUCUGUGAAGGAGCCUGGACGCAAGUCCUGGAAGAAGCUCUACAUGUUCCUGCGGCGCUCGGGUCUCUAUUAUUCUACUAAAGGAACAUCCAAGGAGCCCAGACACCUGCAGCUGCUGUCAGAUCUGGAGGAUAGUAACAUCUUCACCAUCAUCACGGGCAGAAAACUUCACAACGCCCCCACAGACUACCAGUUCUGUAUCAAGCCCAGUAAAGUGAGGAGUGACUGUAAGGAACUGAAGAUGCUGUGUGCCGAGGACGAACAGAGCAGGACCUGCUGGAUGACCGCGUUCAGACUGUUCAAAUAUGGGAUUGUUCUGUAUCAGAGCUACAACGUCCCCCAGCAGAGGAAGUCGAACCUCUCGCCUUUCUCUGCGCCCGUGCGGAGUGUAUCUGAGAACUCCCUGGUUGCCAUGGACUUCUCCGGACGGACUGGACGCGUCAUCGACAACCCGGUGGAGGCCCAGAGUGCCGCACUGGAGGAGGGACAGACCUGGAGGAAAAGGAGCCAGCGUAUGAAUGUCCUGGGCAGUCCCAGCCCACUGCAUCCAUCGUCUCUGAGCACAGUAAUCCACAGGACACAGGUAUGGUUUCAUGGUCGCAUCAUGAGAGAGGAAGCCCACAAAAUGAUCAUACAACAAGGGCAAGUCGACGGGUUAUUCCUGUUGCGGGACAGUCAGAGUAAUCCCAAAGCGUUUGUGCUCACCUUGUGCCACCACCAGAAGAUCAAGCACUUCCAGAUCCUACCGUGCGAAGAGGACGGUCAGGUGUUCUUCACCCUCGACGACGGCGCCACCAAGUUCACCGACCUGAUCCACCUGGUGGAGUUUUACCAGCUCAACAGAGGAGUGCUGCCCUGCAAGCUCAAACACCCGUGCACCGCUGUGGCCUUGUGA